AUGUAUCUCGCGACCGCCCUCGCCCUGCUCCUCAGCAGCAUCAGCACUGUGACCGCCAGCCGGUCCUGGGUCGCAACUGCACAAGACUACGGCAAUGCCACUUUCGUCACCGGCGUUGAUGAUGUCUCAGAGCAAUUCAAGAUUCAAUGGGUCGAAGGCGGCAACCCCUCCGAUGUCAUCAUUGGCCACAUCCCCGGCGGCGGCCUUGAGGCUAGGGAUGACAAGAUGUCUACGAUCACGGUCGAGACGAUAUUCGUUGUGGACACGGCUACCAGCUACUCCUCCACAGCCACCACCAUAGUCAGCACCCUCGUGGGUGAGUCCCCGAGCCCGGCCGGGGCCACCCAAGCACCCAACACCGUUCCCAAAUGGGCUCUAGACGUGUUCACGCAAGGUGACACCUGGUGUCCCCGUGGUGUCUACUCCACCAUCUCGCUCCUCCGGUACGGGACAUUCUGUCUCAAGACGCCAGCCGGCACCACCAGCGCAAGAAUUCCACAAGGCAUGAUGGGUGGAUGCAGCACUACCUUAUUCCAAGACGAGAACUGUUCCGUUGGCCCCGUUCACAUCGAGAACGAAGAGAUGUGUAUGCGGUUGCGCGGUAGCAGCGGUGUUGUCGAGCUCAAGUCAUUUGUCGUUGCUUGCUAG